AGAAAAACGAUGGGUCUGAAUUUUUCAAUUCUGAUGCCGUUCUGUCGUUUAUCAUACCAAAGAAGAAACGAUAGGUGCAAGUAAACUAUAAAUUGUACCCCAGACAAAAAGAGAGGCAAGCGAAUUGAAUUCCUCGGUCUUUCAAUUGCAGAAAUGGCCUCCUUUUCAUUUGCAGAAGCACCUCCCAUGACAAUUGGAUUCUCAGUGUUAAUGGUAAUUUUCUUCUGGUGGGUACUAAAGAGAGGAAAGAAAAAUGAAAAGAGAUUGCCAUUACCACCUGGGCCAUUCGCAUGGCCUGUGAUAGGAAAUCUCCAUCAGCUCGGAGAUCUGCCCCACCGUUCUCUGGAAGAGCUCUCAAAAAAAUAUGGGUCUUUGAUGUUUAUGAGUCUCGGCUCUGUUCCCGCCCUCGUCGUCUCCUCUUCGGAAAUGGCGAAGCAGAUCUUGACAACACACGACCUGGCGUUCGGGAACAGACCCGCAACGGCGGCCGCAAGAUACGUAGCAUACGGAGAGAUUGAUCCAGGUAUGGCCCCGUACGGACCCUACUGGCGGCACAUGCGAAAAGUCUGCGUCAUGCAAUUGCUUAGUGCCAAGAGAGUCGACUCCUUUGGCUGCGUGCGAGAGGAAGAGACGGCUGCGGGCGUGCGUUCCAUUUGGGACAAGAGUAUGAACGGCAUGCUGCCUUGCAACAUCACAGCCGCCAUUGCCGCCAACAUUUCCGCCGUCAUGUGGAGGGUUUUGGCGGGCACAAACUCUGCUGCCUAUUCUGGGAGCGGCGAUGAGCUUGGUAGGAUGGUGAGCGACGUGACUGAUAUGGUUGGGGCUUUUAAUGUUGGCGACUUCUUUCCUAGUGGAGUCUGGCUUGACCAGCUGAGAGGCAUGAAGCGUCGAAUGACAAAGACUCAUGACUUCUUUGAUCGAGUGGUGGGGAAAAUUAUAGAGCAGCAUGAGGAGCGGAAUGCUAAAGUGGGUGGGGAAAAAGAGCAUGUCAAAGACUUGGUUGAUGUACUUCUAGAUAUUGAGAAGGAAGAGCCUGAGGAUGAGAAUGGUAUCAAGGUCAGCCGAGAACACACCAAGGCAACUAUUUUCGACAUGUUUAUUGGUGGAAUUGAGACAACAAUUGUUACAUUAGAAUGGGCGAUGAGUGAAAUGAUAAGAAACCCUCAAAUAGCCAAGAAGUUGCAAGGAGAAAUUCAGUCUAGAGUAGAUAAACGUCGCAUGGUAAGGGAGUGUGAUUUAGUAAAUAUGGAGUACCUUCACUGUGUGGUCCAAGAGACAUUCCGUUUACAUCCUGCGGGGCCUCUGAUGUUGCCCCAUGAGUCUAGAGAAGCUUGCACUGUUCGUGGCUACCACAUACCUAACAAAACAAGGCUUGUGGUUAAUGUAUGGGCAAUGGGAAGAGAUCCAGCUGUAUGGGAGGAUCCCCUAAAAUUCGAUCCCGAAAGGUUUAUGGGAAAGAAUGUAAAUGGAAAAGGUCGAGAUUUCAACAUGCUCCCAUUUGGUGCUGGAAGGAGAGGUUGUCCUGGAGCUUACCUUGCCACUCAGAACAUCAAUCUUGUUUUGGCUCAACUCAUGCAUUGCUUUGAUUGGAAACUUGAAGGUAAUGAAGAUCCAUCAUGUUUGGAUAUGACUGAAACGUUCAGAACUAGCAUCCCUCGAAAAGUGAAUCUUUUUGCUAUUCCCACCUUGAAAGUAGAUAUGGGUUCUUAGCUUACCUAAUACUCAUAUAAUAAUAUCAUUACUUAGUAAAGAAUAUGUAAUUAGAGAUCAAACUAGCAAGCAUAAGGGAAAAGAAAGUUCACUAAUAAAUUUGAAUGCAACUAGGUAAAUUGCAACUCCUCAGUUGAGCUCCAUGGGAGCAAAUCUUGUUAUUGGAUGCAUUGAUAUAUGAUAUUAUGUCUUUUUUUUAAAGAUUUUAA